AUGCAUAUUUCAGGUUCUGUCACCCUGCGUGUACCUUCAUUUGGAGACAACUGCCAAUGGCCCUGCCUACUGGGGUGUAGGGUGUCCCCCUACUGGGGACGUAGAUUCUCCUUGGGUUGGGGCUGGGGCUUCAACGCCUGGUACACGGCAGGGGGUGUCACUAAGCGGCGAGUGGCUGCAGCUCUCCCCUUUCUCUACCCUUCUCCCAAGGAUUCGGGGUGGCGGCUUCCAUCGUUCGUCGCCGCCCCACCGGCAGGCGGCGCCCCUCCGGCCAGCCUCCCGGCGGGGUCGCGACGGGGCGUGCGUGUUCAAAGUCGGCCCCCCGCGGACGCCCGCGCUUCCUGGCGCCAGGCGGCUAGCCGGCCGCAGCUGGGGCUUCGGGGCUGGACUCGCUGCCCCCGCCCUCCUCCUUUGAGCGCUCGGGGCGGAGCCGGGCGGGCGCGCGGUGCUCCCGCCCCUCUCUCGGCGGUCACCUGGGGCCGGGCGCAGCAGGUGUCUGGUCUGGCACCCAGCGCCGGGAACGCGGAGGGCACGCCGGAAACCGCUGCACUUCGGGUGGCCCUGGGAGGCGGCAGCUGGGUCCAACCCCCGAAUUCCGGAGGCGACCGCCAGGACCUAGCCCGCGGAGGAAGGUCCUGCGAGGAAACCGGAUCGCUCCGCCCCACCUUUUGCAAAAGACUCGGGGAUCAGCGCGGCUGCCGUGAGAAUCACGGGGAAGGGGGAACCUGCGGUUUAAACACUGUUGAAGAGACGUGACACAGCAGUGCAGUCCGUCUGCGAACGUUGGUUGGAUCCUGAUUCGAAGGGGAAAAGUUCAUGAAACAUUGAGCCAAUAAAAGAAAUGUGUACUGGU